AAUAAAAAUAGUAUCGUUUCAAAUCAAUAGAAGGUUAGGUGAUUUGUUAUUCCUUCUCCUCAUGGGACCUUCUAUGUUUCAUUGGCUUCUUCUCUACCUUCUCUUGGGCUGUUCUUAUUUUUGUUGUUAUGAUGCUUCUUCUCCUUUGCUUAUUGGAUCGACCGACGAGUUCCGAGGCCACACAGCGAUAUCGGAGUUCAGGCUUCUGAAUAGGAGGUCCCUGCUCCCCUGCCCUGAUCCUAAUCCUUAUCUCGCAGUCAAUAUCAGCUCAUAUUCACCACUAUCAGAUGAUGAAAAUAUUACAGUGACCGUGAGUGGAGUUAUUGUCCCAGAUAAGUCAGAUUGGGUCGCCAUGAUCUCGCCUUCCAAUGCAAAUGUCACUGAUUGUCCUCUGAAUUCAUUGCUCUAUAAGGAAACGGGAGAUUUUGCAAAUUUGCCACUUCUCUGUGAUUAUCCAGUCAAGGCUCAGUUGCUAAGCAAUGAUCCGUCUUAUUUGACAUGCAAGAAGCAUGAAUGCCAGACUUAUUCAGGGAAUGAGUGUGCAGUUCGCACUUGCAGUGGCUCUAUUACAUUCCAUGUUGUUAACUUCAGAACUGAUGUGGCAUUUGUGUUCUUCACCGGCGGGUUCGACACACCUUGUGUGCUAAGAAGAUCAGAUCCCAUUGGAUUUUCCAAUCCUAAUAGCCCAUUGUAUGGCCAUCUCUCCAGCAUCGACUCCUCGGGAACAUCGAUGAAGGUGACAUGGGUCAGUGGAGACAAUAGCCCACAGCAGGUUCAAUAUGGAGAUGGAAAUUCUGCUACUUCCCAGGUUACAACAUUCACACAAGAUGAUAUGUGUGGUAAAAUGAGCCCAGCCAAGGAUUUUGGAUGGCAUGACCCUGGAUACAUCCAUUCUGCUGUCAUGACAGACCUCCAACCUUCUCAGAAAUACUCUUACAGAUAUGGAAGUGAUUCUGUUGGUUGGAGUAGUGACCAAAUCGAAUUUAAAACUCCACCUGCUGCUGGAUCAGAUGAACUAAAAUUUAUUGCUUAUGGUGACAUGGGAAAAGCUCCUUUGGAUCCAUCAGCCGAGCAUUACAUUCAGCCUGGAUCCCUGUCUGUCACUCGAGCUUUGGCGGAUGAAGUUGCAUCCGGUAACAUCGAUUCAGUUUUCCAUAUUGGAGAUAUAAGUUAUGCCACAGGUUUCUUGGUUGAGUGGGAUUAUUUUCUGAGUCUCAUCACACCAAUUGCUUCCCAUGUUACCUAUAUGACAGCUAUAGGUAACCACGAGAGGAAACCAUUAAUUUAUUACAGAGACCAUCCAUCCUCUGGAUCGGUGUAUGAAACACCAGACUCUGGUGGCGAGUGUGGAGUUGCUUAUGAGACUUACUUCCCAAUGCCUACAAAUGCCAAAGAUAAGCCAUGGUAUUCAAUCGAACAAGCAAGUGUCCACUUCACUGUGAUUUCCACAGAACAUGAUUGGACCGAGAAUUCUGAGCAGUAUAAUUGGAUUAAGAAGGACCUGGAAUCUGUUGAUCGAGCAAGUACACCUUGGUUAAUUUUUACAGGGCACAGGCCCAUGUAUUCAUCAAGUACUGGGAUACUUCCAAAUGUAGAUCCUGAAUUUGUUAAAUCCGUGGAGCCACUUCUCAUGGAUAACAAGGUGGAUCUUGUGCUUUUCGGCCAUGUACAUAAUUAUGAGAGGACAUGUGCAGUUUAUGAUAAUGAAUGCAGCGGAAUGCCAACAAAAGAUAAAGAUGGAGUUGAUACUUAUGAUAACAACAAUUACACAGCACCAGUUCAUGCUAUCAUAGGAAUGGCAGGAUUUACCCUGGACAAUUUUCCAAGCGAAGUUGAAAACUGGAGCUUAACAAGGAUAUCUGAAUUUGGUUAUGCACGGGUACAUGCAACUAAAAACGAUUUGCAAGUAGAGUUUGUGAAUGCGAGUACCAAAGAGAUACGAGAUAGUUUCCAUAUCAUCAAAGGAGGAAUCUAGGAUCAUAUAUCUAGCAAAAGAUCAUGUAAUAUUCAUCACAUCAUGUAUGAUGAAGGACAAAAUUGAGGGAAAAGUGUAAAAUUUUUGUAAUCACUGG